AUGAAGACGGCGUGGUUGUGUGUUUUUAUAUCAUCGCUGUGUCUGGUAGUUGCAGGACAAGCCUCAUAUCCUACUAGUAAAGUUUCAUUCUGUAAUGUAACAGGUAAAUGGCACACUGAGCAUGGCUCACUCCUUAAGCUCAGCAGUGAUGGACAGGUGGUGAGGGGGGUGUACCAGACAGCACUGGAGAGUGUGCAUGGAGCAGCAGGUCCUAACAGAGAGGGGAAGGUGCUUGGUGUUAUUGGUGAAGGUCCUCAACCCACCAUUGCUUUCUCUGUGCUGUGGGCUAAAGGAUCAUGUGCGACAUGGAUUGGUCAGUGCUUCAUUUUGGAGGGAGGUGGUCAAGUCCUGAAAACCCUGUGGAUGUUGCGCUCUGUUGCAGAGAGCUCCUAUGAUAACUGGGAGAGCACCAGGCUGGGAGAGGACCAGUUCAUAUUUGUUGGAACUGGAAGUCUGAACAGUAUCAGUGGGUUUGCUUAGUUGAUGGCAUACUAAUAAAUG